AUGGACGUCGAUGUUGUUGUUGAAACUAUUCCGCAAGAUUCAUCUUCGCAAGAGAGUCGCAAGGCGAAAACUCCAAGAAAAUCUAGUGAAAUGAGGAAGGUGUUUAUUCCACGCACACGCAAAACGGCACUCAAAGAACAUUGGAUGAAGAUCUUUACCCCAGUUGUUGAGCAAUUGUCGCUAAUGAUACGAUACAACGUUAAACUCAGCCAGGUGGAAAUAAAGGUAACUGCAGAAACGCCAGACCCAACGUACCUGCAGAAGGCGGCUGACUUUGUGCGUGCCUUUGCACUUGGUUUCGAAGUGGAAGAUGCACUGGCACUGAUUCGUUUGGACGAUCUGUUCAUCGAAAGCUUCGACGUUACGGAUGUGAAAGCGCUCAAGGGUGAUCACCUUAGCCGCGCGAUCGGACGACUUGCCGGAAAGGGUGGACGAACAAAGUUCACAAUAGAAAACACGACCAAAACUCGCAUUGUACUGCAGGACUCAAAGAUUCACGUCAUGGGCAGCUACAAGUACAUCCAGCAUGCCAAACGAGCCCUCAGCCAUCUGAUUCUGGGGUCACCCGCCAGCAAGGUGUACGGUAAUUUACGAUCAGUAGCAGCAAAUCAAAAUUCACAACGAAUGUGA